AUGGGGCAGUGGCAGCCUUCCCGCUACUACUGCGCUGUUCUCAGCGACCCAGCACAUCCCUUGAAGGCAUGGUUUUCCCACCCUCCGACUCAGCCUGCGGUGGGACUCUUUGCAAGGAUUUCGUGGCAUUUCCUUUCCGCCUUAUACGUUCCUCGUACCGUAUUUGCCUGCACAUCGCCGCUUGAAGAACCUUAUCGAACCAACCUCAGGGGAGUGUGGUGCUCCGACAUGGACAAGUGGUUGAACUUAGUCUUGCGUGAAUUGUGGAGUCUCUCGCGCGACGAGAGGAGGGCUUUGCCCAUGCCAACAUGCGGGUUUACAGCACUACCGCAGAGAUUAGACGAAGCCUUGCUUCUCUCGUCGGCUGCUAGAUUCACAAGUGUUCGAGCAAAAGUUGUCCCUCUCCAAUGCGGCGCGCGUACAACAUUCUUGUUGGCUUACUAG